AUGGAGCUGGGAACCGGUCCCGAGAUAGAAGCCCCCUUCACCCUGCGCUCCAUCGGCAAGUGUGUGACGGUGUGGGACCUGGGCUGCAUCCACCGAGCCGCCUGGGCAGACAGGUACUGGUCCUCCCCUGGCUGCUUGUACCACCACGCCUACCCAGUGGGCUACCGUGCCUCCAAGACGGUGUUUGGGCGCGAGUACGAGAUGUCCAUUGGCCUGGGGGAGGCUGGACCGGUGUUCAAGAUCCGAGCCCUGUCGGGUCCCGGCCAGGAGUUCGAGGGGCCCACCCCCACCCAGCCCUGGACAGCCGUGUGCCUGGCCCACCGGACGGGCCAGCGCAUCAGCGGGCCCCAGUACUUUGGCUUCUCUGACGCGCUGACUCAGCGCGCCAUCGCCGGCCUGUACGACGCUCGGGAGCUGGCUGCGGCGCUCAAGGAGGGCACGGCCAGGGCGGAGGAGCUGUGCGGGGAGGAGCGUGCGGUGCGUGAAUUCGUGGGCCUGCCAGGCGUCGGCCGCGGCGUGGCCACAAGCCUCGCCCUGACUGAGGCGCUGGGAGGGCGGCGGCACACGUGCCUGAGGAGCCUGCGGGCCUGGGCCCGGCAGGAAGGCACAGGGCAUGCACAGCAGCUGGAGGACUGGCUCCGGACCAGCAGCGAGCUGCCGGGGUCGACUCUGCGCUGGCCCGCCUGGCAGCUGCGCAUCGUGCCGGGCCUCAUGCGGGACAUCGCGGGGGCCCACCGCUCCUGA